UACCAGGACCUCUUCGAUUCAUGUAGUUUUGUUUGUCUGCGACUUUCUACCCUGAGCUGUCUCAUCAAAAUGGGUGGUUUAAGGUCCGAUUUCAUCACCACCAUUAUCUGUUUGGCCUUUGCUUCAGUGCAAGUGAGAGGAGAUAUAACCGACGGAAACCCGGAACAUCUUAAAAGAGAACAUUCGUUGAUGAAACCGUACCAAGGUGUUGGAAGCAGCCCCUCGAGUCAGUGGGACUUCUCUGGCAGCACUUUGGUGACAAGCUCGUAUGUCAGACUAACUCCAGAUGAGAGGAGCAAGCAGGGAUCCAUCUGGAAUACUGUGCCUUGUUUCCUGAAAGACUGGGAGAUGCACGUGCAGUUUAAAGUUCACGGAGCCGGAAAGAAGACUCUCCACGGAGAUGGAAUUGCCAUCUGGUACACCAAAGACAGACUGCAUCCUGGACCCGUCUUUACCAACAAUGCCAUCUUCCACGGGCUGGCAGUUUUUGUAGAUACUUACUCUAACGAUGAUGCGACUGACAGGUCUUUCCCGUACAUUUCAGCCAUGGUCAACAACGGCUCCCUGAGGUACGACCACGGCAUGGAUGGCCGCCGGACAGAGCUGGGUGGCUGCUCUGCUGAGAUCCGUAACAAGGAUCACGACACGUACCUCGCCAUCCGUUACUCCAAAGGCAGACUCACCGUGAUGGUGGACGUGGAGGACAAGAACGAGUGGAAAGAAUGCAUCGAUAUUGGCGGCGUGCGUCUUCCAACUGGGUAUUUCUUCGGCGCCUCUGCCACCACAGGAGAUCUAUCCGAUAACCACGACAUCAUCUCCAUGAAGCUCUACCAGCUGAUGGUGGAACACACGGCAGAGGAGGAGAACCAGGACUGGACCAAGAUCGAGCCCAGCGUCAGUCUUCUGAAGUCGCCUAAAGACAACAUUGACGAUCCCACUGGAAACUUCCGUGGCACGCCGCUCACAGGCUGGAAGGUCUUCCUCCUGCUGCUUUGCGCCCUGCUGGGCAUCGUGGUGUGCGCCGUGGUGGGAGCUGUGGUCUUCCAGAAGAGACAGGAGCGAAACAAGAGGUUCUACUGAGGAGACACGGACGAGUCAUCACGGAAUGAACUGUUUCCCGGUGACCGACUGAGCACACUCAAUGUGAAACGUUUUUCUUAAAGAUUGUACAAUGUUUGUAUCCUUAAAGCACUGGGAGUGACGGUCUUUAACCCUCGCUUGCAAGACGGUGUCCGUGAUUAGCGCCGUCUCAGUCUCCGUCUAAAUUCUCUGGAAUUUCACUUUAAUGUCUCAAAAUCUCAUCGUUUUUCAUGAAGUCUUCUCAGCGAUGUGAUUGUUUAUUGACAGAAACACAAACCAGGGCACUUGAUUCUCCUGGUAGCUCCUGAGACCUGAUCCUGCGUUGACAUAAAAGUCCUCUACGUCUUUGUUAUUGACUUGUGUUGAAGUGAUGAAAAGCGCCCUCUGUUGGUGGUUUGAGACCUUUGUCUUCUGACUCGUCUGUUAAAUGAUCACGACUGAGGUCAACUGAUUCAGAUAAGUGAGGUUUUCCGACCUCAUUGAUUUUGAGGAUUACAGUCGGAUGAACACUUGAGAUUGGAUUUCUGUCAUGAGUUAUCGCAGCUGUGAAAGCUAAUACUGGACCCUGAAAUACUGAGCAGUACACAGUGUCAGCAGGUGUGAAAACAAUUUAGCAGCACUUCUCCCUUGUGGCCUCGGUAUAAACCCCUUAGGUUUGGUCACCAUUGCCCCGAUGUGUUGAGAUGAAAACGUGAAAACCGCCCGUCAACAUGAAAGCCACUCUUCUGAUUCAUGUUACUUUACUUCUCUGUGAAGCAACUCUGAAGUGUUAUCUGUUAAAUUUCAGUCCCUUCAGCUUCACUAACAUGGGAGCAGUGAUCUUAAAUCAGUGUGUGUCUGUAUUUUGACUGGAUUGUUUGUACUCCCGUCCAAACGCUUUGGAAACUCCGAUUUGCUCUGUUAAUGCUGGAAGUGCUGCUGUCGAGUUCCUUUGUGCUUCACAUACCGCCAAAAUCAACGGGCAUGGUUUGUUUCAAUUCUGGGUUUGUAAGCGCCAUGUUGGGUUCUGUGGUGGGAGGAAAAAUAAAUUCUGGGUUUGUAAACACGACGUUGGGUUCUGUGGUGGGAGGAAAAAUAAAGUUGAGACAGUGUGAUGAGAGCGCAGCGCUGACUGUGUGAAGGGCGGAUUCUCAUCCACAUGAUCUUUUCUCUCAUCUCCUGAAACGCAAGGUAAGAGGUUUGACACGUGUGCCAGACUGCAUCUUCUCCACCUGUCACUCCUCUGUUUUUACAGAUGCAGUGCCCAGGAGUCGGACUGGACAUGGUCCGGUCUCUAUUGAAGGUCUUGGCUCCACACCUGCGCACCAGACCUGAUAAAGACUUGCGCAUCGAAGGAUUGGACCUGCUACAGAGACAGCUUGGUGAUGACACAGCUGUGUCCUUCCGUCCUGCCGACACUCUCUUCUUCACCUCCAUCAUUGUCUACCCUCUCUCUUCCUUUCCCACCCACUUUAUACAGCUACUCUGUCCUGCUUCUUCUGACGUCUGUUGAUUUCUUUUUUUCCUCUGUGCGCAUUCAAAGUACUUGUAGAGCGAUACAUUACAAAUUGAACUUGGUUUAUUUGUUCAUGAAUAUUCAUUUAAUUCAUGGCUGAUGCAACAUUUUAAAGCAUAUUGUCCCACACAUCUUCUGCCUCCCACCUUUUGCCAGCAGAUGGCGCUAUUGUAUUGGUAAAGUCUCUGCUGUGCGCCUGUCAGGGAGGAAUAGAACCAGAUCAUACGUUUUUUUCUAUUGAUAUUUCAGCAGCUGAAGUUGUUUCGGAACGUGAUGCUUGGGCGUGUGUGCUCCGUCAUGUGAGUCUGUGAGAGUUAAAUGAGGUAUUUUCCCGACUGCUGCUGUUGCAGUUCUUGAUCGUUUAGACUCCUGUUGGUCUUUCUUUUGCUCUUUAACGUUCAUCUGGCUAGUCAGAUGAGUUGAGCAGCUCAUGACCUUAGUUUGAGUAUGUUUCUUUAACGUCACCAUUAGCACAGCUGUGGUAGCUGUUGCUUGUAUCCAGUUCAUUUUACAUGAGAGAGUUGCUUCGCUGAUUUCGAUGCAAAGAGUGUGGCGAGGAGGAGACCUCUGUCAGCUCGUUCAUGUGUUCAUUCACAAAUCUGUUUAAAAUCAGAGUCUCCUUUUUCAACGGCUGCAAUAUUUGAAAACCUGUCACAAGAGUGGCUGCACACGGGGAACCACCACCACCUGCAGGCGCCAGCCCCGCCGCCGCCGUCCUCUGGUCAAACACGUGACGGAGCGUUCAUGUCUCACUGACUUUCAUUUCCACGUCUGAAAGCUGCAGUUUUUGCCUAUGGGCAGACUCUACUGUUUGAUACAUCCAUGCACGCUGCAUGUGUUUCAACCCCCAAGAGCUCUGCAUAUCACCGUGACCAAGACUUUGCUUGUCGCCUUCCUCCUCUUCAUCUCCAACCUUCUUGCUCCAUCUCUGUCACUCCUCUCCACUAACCAUCUGCCCUCCCUAACCUUUUCUUCUAACUUCUCCCUCACUGACAACCUCAGUAUCUUCAUCUCUGACUCCAGAGUCUCAACAUGUGCUAAAGAGUAAAGUAAGACUUCACUUAUAUCAUGAUCUAUUUUUUAAAAACACACUUCCUGCAUCACCACCUUCUGUCCUGCCUCUAGUCAUUUCUUGAUUUAAUAUAUGGUCUGCAGACAUGUGAUGCUGCUCGACUUGUUAAAAAAUAUAUAUGCUGUUUUUCCUUCUGCCCUGAGGCUCAAUGUGUCCCUGAUUCAUUCACAGCCAAUUUACACCUCUCACUCUGGUUUGAUGGAUGAGUCGUGGUGAGUGUUUGUGGGUCUUGCCUCCUGUUCUUUAGGACUUCUCGAUUAUAGUGACCCAUUCUUGCCCCAACGCUCUCUCUGUGGCCUCCACUUGGUCCAGAUCUGGACACAGUGGUGCGUCUUCCACCAGAGCUCUGCCUUCUCCUAGACACACACUUCAACAGAUUGGCCUUGAAGUGAUGUUGUUUGCAUUUAGGAUGAAGAGCCGAUUGUUUUCAUGGAUCUUGAUGAAGACCUUGAA